AUGGUCUUUCCAAUAUGGCGGUGAUUGGUAAACUGUUGUUACUGCAGUUGCGCGCGGCUCACGUCCAAAACAUAACAGAAUUGUCAGUCGGUCGGGUCCGGCUCGGAAAGUUUCCGAUCGACAAAUUUUAUGUAUAGGCUAUCUUUUAAUUUUUCAGCAAAAUGAGUGAGUCUCGAAUGGAAUUCCGUUUGAAGAACACCCCGAGUGAUUGUAUUCAGAGUGUGAAGUUUGGCCCCACUUCCCCCCAGUUCCUUUUGGUAGCGUCAUGGGAUAAAAGUGUACGCCUCUUCGAUGUUGUCAAUAAUAAUAUGCGACUUCAGUACCAGCAUUCUGGCGCAGUGCUGGAUUGCUGCUUUCAGGAUGCUGUUCAUGCAUAUAGCGGAGGUCUUGAUGCACAGCUGAAGAUGUUUGAUCUUAAUACCAAUACAGAAACAGUUGUAGGCAACCAUGACGCUCCUAUUAGAUGUGUGGCUUAUUGUCCAGAAGUGAAUGUGGUAAUUACUGGAUCUUGGGAUUCCAAUAUCAAACUUUGGGAUCCUAGGGGUCCACGAGAAGCGGGGACUUAUCAGCAGCCAAAUAAAGUGUAUACAAUGGGUUUAAGUGGAGAGAAACUUGUUGUUGGAACGUCCAAUAGAAAGGUAACAGUGUGGGAUCUCCGCAACAUGGGGUUUUGCUCAGCACGUCGAGAAUCUUCCCUUAAAUACCAGACUAGGUGUAUUCAGUGCUUCCCAAAUAAACAGGGUUACGUUGUAUCCAGUAUUGAAGGUCGUGUGGCUGUUGAGUAUUUAGAUCCCAGUCCUGAAAUUCAGAAGAAGAAGUAUGCCUUCAAGUGUCAUAGGCUUAAAGAGGAUGGCAUUGAAAAGAUUUUUCCUGUGAAUUCUAUCAGUAAAUAAGUCAAAAAAAAUUGUCUAGACUUCCAUAAUGGAUAUAACACGUUCGCUACUGGUGGGUCUGAUGGUUACGUCAAUAUUUGGGAUGGAUUCAACAAGAAGCGAUUGUGCCAGUUCCAUCGUUAUCCAACAUCCAUUUCUUCGCUUUGCUUCAGCAAUGAUGGAAAUACUCUUGCAAUUGCUUGUUCCUACAUGUACGAGCAGGAGCAGAUAGAUCCCAUGCCCGAAGAUUGCAUCUUUAUUCGACGAGUCACAGACCAAGAAACAAAGCCAAAAUAGUCCAGAUUUGAGUAGUCAUACCUUUUGACCUUAGUCAUCAUUAGAGUAUUUGCAUUUGCCACUUGAGGGCAGUUCAUUACACGGGUCCAAUGUGUUUACAAAAGGGCCGAUGUGGUAUACCACCUCAUUCUUCUUAGU